AGGAACAUAGCGUUUUACGUCAAAUACUUAAAGUUUCUGGAGAAAUUUCAUUUAUUUUAUUUCCAUAAUCUAUUAUUAGAGUUUGGGUUUCUAAUCGAAUAUUUUUUUAUAAAUUUUUAGUGUAAGUUUCAUUUCGACAUCCUUACACCUUUUCGAGUAUGGGUACCGAGAACAAUCCGAAUGAGUUGAACAAGAAUUGCCUGGCCUUUGGUAUUCAACUGUUCCAGGCAAUACAGGGAAUUGCAGGAAGCACGAAUAUUAUUAUAUCACCUGUAUCCAUCCAUUUGGGUUUGGGAUUGAUUUACAUAGGAGCCGCAGGAAAAACUGCCGAAGAAAUAAAGGAUGUUGCACGAUUAUUUGAAGACAAAAAAGAAACUGCAAACGCAUUCCUUCACAUAAUGUGCAAAUAUUGGAACAGCGAAAAUAUUCACAUCGCCAAUAAAUUAUAUGUGCAAGAGGGUAAUACACUCAAGUCUGAAGUACAAAGAAUAGCACAGCAUUCCUUUAAGUGCGGUAUUGAGAACCUUGACUUUGGUGAACCGGAAAACGCGGCCAAAGCUUGCAACAAGUGGGUGGCAGACAAGACAAACCAAAAGGUCAAAGAAGUACUUACUCCUAAUGCAAUUGAUCCUUUGACGAAGGCAGUGUUAAUAAAUGUUGUGUACUUCAAAUGCGACUGGAAAUAUCCUUUUAAGCGCACUCCGCAGAAAGCCGAUUUUUGGAUAAACGAGACAGAGUCAGUAAAAGUUGAAAUGAUGAUUGACAAUGCAGACGAAUUCCACUACGGUGAUUUCCCAGAGCUGGAUUGCACCGCUGUUGAGCUUCCAUUUACUAAUGAAAAUUUCGCCAUGUUCUUCUUGUUACCCAAGAAAAAGAAUGGAAUUGAAACGUUAGAAUCGAAUUGGGAUAAGUUUGAUCUAGUUGGUUGCCGCAAGCGUAUGGAGAAGGCUCGUGUCGCUGUGAACUUGCCGAAAUUUAGAGUCGAUUUUUCCCAGAAGCUAAAUGAGCCGCUAAUUAAGAUGGGAAUAACGACAAUCUUUGACAAAACUAAUGCUGAUUUCUCAGAACUACUGGAAAAUACUGAAAAUGUCCACAUUGAUGAAAUUAUUCACAAAACGUUUAUAGAUGUUAACACAGCGGGGGUGGAAGCUGGAGCAGUAACAAUUUCAGACAUCGUUGAAUUAUCUGAACCCGAACAUAAUUUCAUGGCCGACCAUCCUUUCUUGUACGCCAUAUUGUCAAAAACGAACAAGUUGUUCUUCCUGGGAAUUAUUCGGAAUCCUGCGCCUGUGACUUCUUCUACACAGUUAUUUUGAUUUGGAAGUCACCAAGUCCGUUUGUGAAGAUGAUAAGGAAUUAGAGCACCCCGGAGACAUUUUUUGACAAUGGAAAUUGAUUGUAUAGGGGAAGAUUUUACUUUUGCUAUCAAAUGUAUAGCAGUCGAAAGAAUACAACAGUAACAAUAAGGAAAGAUUGCAGACUACUUUUUUGAUUGAGUUCCUAUUUUCAUUAUUGUUAUAAAUAAAUACUUUUUUCAGGUCCUAAUUUUCAUGGUUUAUGAUUGUAAAAUACUUCCUCAAUUAUAACAUCUGCUACAAAACCAUA